AACAUGACCUGUGGCCUCAUCAAAUGGUCAAGAUCUUGUGGAUUUUAAGUUUUACUUGAAGGAGGGAACCACAGCUGCAGGAGUGGCACCUAUUUAUAGCACAUAACACAUGUGCUUCCAACCAGAAGGCUACGCUGCCGACUUACCAGUGUAAGUCAUGCUUGCUGUCUGACCCAGUCACUGCAGAAAUUACUCAAGUGAUCUUGUUUAUAAGAUUCCUCUGGCAGGCUGAUAAAGGUUUUAUCACACAUUCCCUGCACCAGUGGCAGAACUUUGACCUGGUGAGAAGACCUCCGUCACUUCUAGAGUUACCUCUGCUCCUCCUCCCCGUGCAACAGGACCUAUCAGAGAAGACUUUGUGUCUCUUCGGCUUUGGAAAUUGAAGAAGAGUGAGAAGAGACAAACUGAAAGGCAGAUUGAUUCACCAUGAACCGGGUUUGGGCUGUGUUCAAAGCUCACCCGUACAUCAGUAACGUCCUGGGAUACACAACGCUGUUCGCCUCCGCUGACCUGAUACAGCAGAGCGUGCUGGGCAGGAAACCCAAGGCAGGAUCCACACCCGAGGACUCAGCUGGUAUCGACUGGCGUCAGACAGCCAGAGUGGCUACCGUCGGCUUUUGUUUCCAUGCCAACUUCAACUAUCACUGGCUUAGAGGGCUGGAGAGGAUGCUGCCGGGAGGUGGAGUGAAGGCAGUGGCCGGGAAAGUUGUGGUGGAUCAGCUGAUUGCAGCGCCGCUCACCAUCAGCGCCUUUUACAUAGGUCUAAGUUUACUAGAAAACAAACAUGAUCCACUUGAAGACUGGAGACAAAAAUUCUGGACAUCUUAUAAGGCUGGAGUCGUGUAUUGGUCCACAAUGCAGGCAGUAAACUUUGCCUUCGUCCCGCCGGUGGCACGGACAGUGUUUCUGGGAGGAAUCGCACUGACUUUCACAAUCUUCCUGUGUCACCUCAGACAGCAGCGGAACCACAAACUUGAAUAAACUUCACCCUCACACCUAAAGUUUUUUUUUUAAAUGAUGAUAUUUAUUGUCACUUUUGUUAAGACAAAUUAAAUAAACUGAGGAGAUAAUGGUCACAUCUUGUAUCAGCUGUGUAGUUUAAUUCCCCUGUCUUAGAGAACAUUGCAUCCGUUCUCAUGUUACUGCUGGAUUUUCAGUACAUCCUGAAGAAGGAUAACUUUGUCAAUGAUGCCAUAUAUUUUCUAACCAAUAAAGCUUUUCUUAAUUUUUAUUCAAAUAUUUUUAUCAAGAUAUAAAUUGGUCAGUAAAUCUAUUUUUUCUUUCUCACACAAUCUUAACAGUGUACUUUGCAUUUUGUCUCUAAAAUUUGAAAUAUGUAUUCAUUUUUGAUAAAUACAAUGUUAUUUAUUAAUUUUCAUUAUUGUACAUUUUCAUUAUUGUAAAGUAAUUUAUUAAAAUAACAUUUUUUACAAAUUUGCAACUGAUGAAUAAUCCAACUGAUAGCUGUAGUAUACAAUAACAUGAAUGAAUGAAUUAAAAUAUUGCUAAAAUAUUCAUCUUCCUUGCUCCCAGAUGUCUUUGAACGUGCAUAAGUUCUGCCACUGUGCAAAAUGGAAGAUGAUUAGGAUUACUUUAAAUGACAUUUAAUAAAA